AUGUACAUCAUCAAAAAUCCGACAAUCCCAACUGCUCUCGAGAUUGUGGAGCCGUUAAAAGCCGGAACUGAAAUUGAAAUCCAUGGAACUGCUCAUGAUGAAUUCACCAUCGAACUUCUCAGCGGGGCUAAUAUCGUCCUUCAUAUGAACUUCCGUAAUCAAGAAUUGGUCCUCAACAGUUUUCUCAACGACCACUGGGGACCCGGAAUUCGCCAUAAUCAUCCUUUAACAUCUCAUGAUCAAUUUCAUGUGCGAAUUUUUAUUCAUGAAGGAUACUAUAACAUUACUGUAAACAAUGAUCUGCUGGUGGAGUACGAGCAUCGUUUCCCAGUGAUGGCUGUGCAAGCGAUCGGAAUCAAAGGAGCCGUAAAUGUCCAAUCCAUCAUUUUCAAAGGAUUCGAGUUCAAAACCGAAUGGAAAAAACGCCAUCAGCUGAUCAACGGCGCCGUCACAAAUGCUUAUGAUUCCGUUCCCCAUGCUCCGUCGCUGUCUCUGAUCGAAGGAACACAGUAUUACUAA